CUAAAUGUCUCCACAAGGGACACUGUUGCUUGGCAGCCAAAAACUAGUCAAACUUGUAGUCAAGUGCGAUCUAGAGAGAAACUGGGUUGGAGAGAAACUGGGUGGCUUUUACUGAAGUGUGGAAAAGUCCAGCUGGUGGAGAGGACGGAGAGAGAGAGGGGGAGAGAGAGAGAGAGAGAGACCACCGGCUGAACGGGACCACAAGCUCAAACUUCACUGCUUCUGUGCAGACACCUCCAUGCCCGAGUCCGGAGCUGCUCCGCGGCUAAGCCCGCAGGGAGUCCCUUACAGAGACCUGCCGCACAUCGUCAACGCGGACGGUCAGCACCUGUUCUGCCGCUACUGGGAGCCGGACAGCACGCCGAGGGCACUGGCGUUUAUUUCUCAUGGAGCCGCCGAGCACACAGGGCCGUAUGAUGAGAUUGGACAGAAGCUGAAGGAAAUGUCAGUGUUGGCGUUUGGUCAUGAUCAUGUCGGUCAUGGUCAGAGUGAGGGUGGCAGAUUGGAGAUUAAAGACUUCCAUAUUUACGUGCGAGAUCUCCUGCAACACGUCGACUUGAUGAAGUCCCGCCACCCUGGCCUGCCUGUCUUCAUUGUGGGACACUCCAUGGGUGGUGCCAUCUCCAUCCUCUCAGCCUGUGAAAGACAGAGCGAUUUCGCUGGGUUGGUCCUCAUUGGUCCAUUGGUCAAUGUCAGUGCAGAAAUGGCGACACCAUUCAAAGUAUUUGUGGUGAAGGUCAUGAGCGUGCUGGCUCCCAAUUUGCCAAUUGGAUCCAUUGAGUCCAAACUGGUGUCACGAGAGCCAAAAGCGGUGGCGCAGUUUGAGUCCGAUGAGCUGGUUUACAAAGGCCGACUUCGGGUUUCAUUUGGAAUGCAACUGAUGGCAGCGUGUGCCAGCAUUUCAGAGAAGAUGUCUUCGAUGACCUUUCCGUUUUACAUCUUGCACGGGAGCGACGACAAGCUGUGCGACAUCGAAGGCUCUAAAAGCUUGCAUGAGAAGGCUGCAAGCAAAGACAAGAAGAUCAAGAUCUAUGAAGGAGCCUACCACGUACUUCACCAUGAACUCCCCGAGGUCUCGGAGUCUGUGCUGAAAGAGAUUACCAGCUGGAUUUCAGAGCGCAUUCCUGCCUAAAGAAAAAUGCCCAGACUUUACACUGCAGGCAAACUUUCGAUUUCCACUCAGUAAGCUGCAGGCAAAACUAUGAUACAUGCACGUUUGUGUCUGGGGUUCCUAUUCAGGCAUAGAUUUGACUUCAUGUUUUAAAGCGUCGAUGGUGACAAUGAACACUUUUCAGUUUUGUUGUCUUCAUGACUAACACUUUUUUUUAUGAAUCUUUUAUUACCACGUUAAAGAUGUAAGUGCAAUAAUCCUGCUCCUGGUUUUGGCAGAGGUAGGAAGUUUCUUAUUUUGUAUAAAAACAAGGACCACAAGGGGCGCUGGACACUGACGAGUAACCGACAUAAACAAAACCUCUACAGUGAUUUAUUUCGAAUUGAUGACCAGAGUAAAACUCUGAGUGAAGUUACAUUUAAAAUAGUCAGGGAGACUGGUGCUUAGGGAUUCGAUUGUCCUGUCAGGGUUCUAUGUUCUCUCCAUGAUAGCCUGUUAGCUCUCUUCCUGGCAGUCUGAAACAUGUAUUCAGGUUCAACUCUAAAUUGUCACUUGACGCUAGGAUGAUCCCUCUGAGGAUUUGACAUCUUAGUGUCCAAAUUUGAUGUUAAAACCACUGUGCCGCCGUCAGGAAUUUCAUUUUAAAUGAUAAAGUAGCUGUUACUAAUAAAGUUCUGUAUGUUUUCCUAAAAAAAUGCCAAGACAUUUUGAGUUACACUCAGGUUGCUGCAGUUGCAAAUAUAGAUAAUGUUGAUGUAAUAGGAACCGUGCUUAAAAAUCCCCACAACUGUGAGGGUUAGUUUCGCCCAACCGUCUGGACACCGUGGUGAUGCGCGGAUGAAGGCGUUGAGUCAAGACAGCACUCGCGAGUCUUCACCUGUCAGGCUAUACAAGCGCACAUUAGCCGUCACCAUUAGCUCUGAGUGCUGUGGAGAGAUGGACCGAGGGGAGGCGGGAGUUGCUGUCAGUAACCAUGGCAACACCUCAUUCCCGUUCAGCUCAAUCAUUCGGUGAGAAAUGUGUGCUCAGUUGUGGUGCAGUGUGUGCCGCCGAUGCUGGGGGUUCACUCUCUGUUGCGAGAGAAAAAGGCGGUGUCUAGCGAUAAGGACUCAAACAAUUGGUUUCACUGGUAGUUUUAUGAAAUUGUCACGCGUGAAUAGAUAUGCCGGGUUGCUGGUCUGAACAGUCCCAAACCCCUGUAGGCCUGCUGAGCAUGUACAUUUGCUGAGGGCUCUGUACUUUAAUGUGAUCACAUGACAGCUAGAAAUUCCUUCGACAUAUUUGGUGAAAGGAGAAAUCAAACACUGGCUGCUGAUUGGUUUGCAGCUUGGGUCACAAAGAAACAUUCAGUCCUGCUGGAGCAUCGUAAAAGAGCCCAUUGUCUCGUGUUUCAUCGUGGCUUCAUGACUGUUUGGAAGCUGUUGUAGGUAAGGAAGUGAAGAUGUUAUGUUUGUUAUGAUUGAGAACUGUUACACACAAGACGCAUGUGUUCCUCUUCUUCUUACAUUUAAAGCUUGACUUAUCUUUUUCCGAUAAAAACAACUGCUUCACAUUGAUUCUACAAACCUAACAAACCAUCCAGAGGAGAGUGGGAAAUGUAAUAAAUGUAUAUUUGAAAUUUUGAUAAGAAAAAUCUCGUGUCGCGUUGGAUGCAUGUUAAGUUGGUUUUUCAUGUGAUGCGUCCAUUUGAAAAUCCUGUUUACAGCCACAGCUUGAUAAACACAUGAUCAUUCUGUUAUAAUGGACCAGGACACAUGUAAAAUUAUUCCAUCAGAGAAAUAUUUGAUUCCAUGUUCUGAUUGUGUUUCGUGCCUUAUGGAUAUUUGUUUGCGUGAGACGUCACGAUUCAGAAGAGGGCAGUUUCAUGUUCAUGAUUGUCAUGUUUCACUGAGUCAUAUCCUGUCUGUACAAAACUGUCUUUGUCGUUGCACUUUUACCGUCUGUCUCUCGUGAUAAUGGAACUAAACCAGUGGACUUCAUCCAUGCAGAGGUUUGAAAAAUGGGCUUUUGAUUGUAAUAGUGACUUAAUAGAAGAUUCUGAUCCAGUAAAGUUGCAUCAGUUAUGUAAUUAAUUUAAAAUUGGACAAUAAAAAAAUAUUUUGGCGAUCAUGCCUGGAGGUUUAUCACAGGAAUCCAUGACAUUGAUUUGAUAUCCAGUGUAAUAACAUGUGGAUGUUACCUGCAUGUAAUAAUGACGCCUGUUACUAGAAUGUUUUAUUACAUGCACAUUCUUUGACAGAAUAAAAUUAUGA